AAAAGGUAAAGAUUUUGACUGAUUUUGACAAGACGGGGUGCUUGGAAUUGAUUUGCAAAUUUUCCGAAUAUUCAGAAAAAAAUCUGUGAAAUUGCAAAAAAAUCUAAUAAUAAAAUGGGUGGUUAAUAAAGUAUAAAUUACAUUGAAUUCAAAAUGAAGGUGUCCCUCGCCCAGUCGCACCCUGUUUACAAAGAAGGCAGACACCAUCAUGGAGUUACUCCAGGCAGUAUGCAGGAGAAGUGGAACUUAAAACAUGAUACUUCAAUAUUUAUCACAGAUCACACCCAAGCGUCUUCACAUAGGAAAUUUUUGAGGCGAUGGAAUCAACUGUCUCGCCUGCAAAGGUCGAUAGUUUAUGCUGUACUUGUGAUUAUUAUAACUGUAUUAGUAUUGUUAUACUCUUCAAAAUUCAGGGAUGAAAAUGUAAAUAAAAGUGAUAAAGACAAAGUGGAUCCGGAACCUGUGAAAAAUGUGUCUCUAGUCAAAGAACCAAUAGCAGCACCAGCAGCUAUUGUUCAACCCGUGAAAACUAUUAUAAAAAGUGAACACAAUGAAAGGCCUACUUUCACCGGUCCAACUACGGAACGUCAAGUGGCAGUCGUGCAGAGUUUUAAACAUGCUUGGAAAGGUUACAAGGAACAUGCAUGGGGCCACGAUAACUUGAAACCAGUUUCAGGCAUGGCCUCGGACUGGUUCUCUCUUGGUCUGACUAUUGUUGAUGGACUUGACACAGCUUAUAUAAUGGGACUUAAGCAAGAAUUUGAGGAAGGCAAGCAGUGGAUUAUAGAUCAAUUGAUUUUCACAAAGAAUAAGGAUGUAAAUUUCUUUGAAGUUACUAUACGAGUGCUUGGUGCAUUGCUGACCAAUUAUCAUUUUACUCAAGAUGAGAUGUUCCUUGAAAAAGCCAAAGAUUUAGGCGAUCGUUUGAUGGCGGCGUUCUCCUCGCCGUCCGGUAUACCGUAUUCCGACGUGAACCUUGGCACUCGCAUGGCGCACGCGCCUGAGUGGUCCCACUACAGCACCACAGCUGAGGUCACCACUGUUCAGUUAGAGUUCCGAGAGUUGUCCAGGGCAUCGGGCAAUCCUGUGUUUGAGGAUGCGGCGUCAGCAGUGUCCGAGAAGAUCCAUCAGUUGCCAAAAAAGCACGGCUUGGUGCCGAUAUUCAUAAACCCGAACACCGGCCACUUCCUGCCCCACGCCACCAUCACCCUCGGCGCUCGUGGCGACAGCUACUACGAGUACUUACUCAAGCAGUGGCUACAGACCGGGAAGACCAUCAAUUAUUUGUUGGACGACUACAUGACUGCGAUAGAGGGCGUUCGCGAAUUUCUUGCUAAGCGGUCGUCGCCUAAUAAACACUUGUUUAUUGGCGAGCUAUCGGCCGGGUCAGAGUCAUUCAAUCCAAAGAUGGACCACCUGACGUGUUUUUUACCAGGCACGCUGGCGCUGGGCCACGCUAACGGCCUGCCCGACUGGCACAUGAAGAUGGCGGAGGAACUCCUCUACACCUGCUACCUGACGUACGCGGCGCAUCCCAGCUUCCUGGCUCCGGAGAUAACACAUUUCAACCUGGCGAGUGCUACUGACGAUAUGUAUACGAAAACGGCUGACUCCCACAACUUACUGCGUCCUGAGUUCGUCGAGAGUCUUUGGUAUAUGUACCAGAUUACUGGAAACACCACAUUCCAGGAUUGGGGAUGGCAAAUUUUCCAGAGCUUAGAAAAAUAUGCGAAGGUGCCCAACGGUUACACAUCGCUGGCCAACGUGAAAUCCGAGAAACCUUUACAGCGAGACAUGAUGGAGACCUUCUUCCUUUCUGAAACGCUUAAAUACCUGUACUUACUAUUUAGCGACGACAGGUACAUAAUUGACUUAAAUAAGUACGUCAUCAACUCUGAAGCACAUCCUCUGCCAAUACACAAAAAUUAGAUGACUGAAAUGACUGAACUAUGUUUUAAACUAUACCUAUUGGUGUGUAGUGUGUGCAAUUUAAUCUUUCGACUGCGUGACGUAGUGCCUUCGUCACCACAGACUAGAUAUGUUAAGCCUAAGCUAAUGGCUUCACUUGAUGUUUGUAUUUGUUCUAGUUGAACUUUGACUUUGACUUCAGUCAAUACAUAAUAUUAUUAAUUUGACAUUGAUGAAAUACCAAUUAAAAACCCUCGAACUUAACAAUCAAUUCAAUCUGGCUUAAUUAUAUUGGCCAUACUGAGGCAUACGCUACGUCUAUUUAGUCGUACUACGACAAUUUAUUUUCAAGUGAAACAAAUUUUAAUCUAAGUGGCAAGAGCCUUGGGAAUACAUUAAGUAGUGGUAACUAUUGUACUUAGUACAAUUAAUGUACGUUAUGUGAAGUCCGUUUUAGCUUUGUAUUGCAUUUUCGUACUGGUAUUUCAGAUCUUAUUUAUUUACAAAUCAAAAGUUAAAACUUUUGGUCUGGUUUUUACUUAAUUUUAAAUAUUUUAUAGAAACAGCUAGUUGUCAUAUCUGUUGUUCCUUCAAAUGUAAUCAAUAAAUUAGUAGGAAACAAUCAGUAUUUAUGGUCCACCCACAGUAACUUCUCUUGAUGACUCCGUAAUAUAAUUAUUCGUUUGAAAGGUUUAAUGCGUACCUGUGCGUAGUGCGUAAUUGAGUUACUUAAAUAUGUUAUAAUUUAUUACCACAAAUAAUUUUAGUGAACGGCCAAAUCGUUUAAUGGAUUCAGUAUGUUUUCUAAUUUAAUGUAAAGAUUGCGAUACAAGGACGAUAAAAUUAUACAUUUUUAAGCAUAUUGCUAGUGUAAAUAUAAAAUGAUUAAUUUAAAUCUGUAUACGAAGGUGAUGCCUCGCCAUUUUGUAUUAAAUUAUUCGUUCCAAAGAGCGAGCCAUAUCUCUUUUUAAGAAAAACCUACUUUUGAGACUUAUUUAGUCUCGUAAAAAUAUUCAUAUUGAUUUAUUUGCGAUAUUAUUGACGAGCGGAAUAAAGUAUAAACCAAUAUACUUAUUUUAAUAAUACAAUUUUAUUUGUGUUCGUAAUCGUGUAGCAUAAAAAACUGACUUGUUAUACAUCUUUGUUUUUGAUAAUCCUAGUCUAUGGUUUUACUUAUGGAGAGGAUAUCAAAAUUGUUGUUUAUAGUUUUAAGUAGAUUUUAUCUUUGAUGAAAAUACUUACAUUUUGUUUAUGUAAAGUAAAUAAGAUUUCGUCCACUUGUUUACUGGAGCUGUAGUUAAAUUUAGUAAAAUGUACUUUAAAAUAACUAUGUUUUUAUUGAUAUAAUGAAGGAGUUAUUUUUAUCUUAAAAAUCUGAGGUGGAAUUGUGUAAAGCAAUC